UGCUUGCUGCGAGCGCCGGCGGUGGCGGCUCGGCGGGGAAGAUGGCGGCGGAGGCGGCGGAUUCGUGGGACGCCGACAGCUUCGAGGUGGUGGAGCCGGUGGCGAAGCGGCUGGUGCCGGGAGUGGCCGGAGACCGCUGGGCCGGCGAGGAUGAGGAGGACGACGUGAAGGAUAACUGGGAUGAUGAGGAGGAAGAGGAGGAAGUAAAGGAGACAGAGAUAAAACAAGAACCAAAAGUUUCAGAAAAAAAGAAAAUAGCAGAAAAAAUAAAAGAAAAAGAAAAGCUACAGAAGAAGAAGCAAGAGGAGCUUAAAAAAAGGUUAGAGGCACCAGAGGAACAUAAAGAACUUACACCAGAAGAACAGUUAGCAGACAAACUACGACUAAAGAAAUUACAAGAGGAGUCAGACCUUGAGUUAGCAAAAGAAACAUUUGGUGUAAAUAACACUUGUGGAAUAGAUGCCAUGAAUCCCUCUUCAAAAGAUGACUUUACGGAAUUUGGCAAACUACUAAAAGAGAAAAUUACACAGUAUGAAAAAUCGUUACAUUAUGCCAGUUUUUUGGAAGCGUUAGUUCGAGACGUAUGUAUUUCAUUGGAAAUUGAUGAUUUGAAAAAGAUCACAAAUACUUUGACAGUACUAUGCAGUGAAAAACAAAAACAAGAAAAGCAGAAUAAAGCCAAAAAGAAGAAAAAAGGUGUUGUGCCUGGAGGUGGUUUAAAGGCGACUAUGAAAGAUGACCUGGCUGAUUACGGAGGAUACGAUGGAGAAUACGUACAAGACUUCGAAGACUUCAUGUGACAUUUCUCUCCCCUUCUGUUGUCUUUCUGUUGCCCACGAUCCCUUAAACAUGUAGCACAACUUUUCUUCCUUUACAUUCUGCCAAAUGCUACAAUCAAAAUUGCAGUAUCUCUGUGCUGGUGGUUUAACUCUUGACGGGUCCGUGCUGAAGCACUGGGCUUCCUCUUCCGUGGUCGGGGGUUAGAAUGAAGACAUUUAAAAGCUAUGUAAAUUGCAGUUAAAAACCCCCGAAUUCUGGUAACGGUAACUGUUGCUAUUUGAUUUUAUAGUAACAGCCACUCAAUUGGAAAGGAAUUUCAACAAGGCAAAGUGUUAUUACCAGCACAGCUCAGUGACAUGGCCUUAACUGUACCUCCCUGAAUGACUUGUGUGAUGAACAAAAGCAGUUUGCAGCAAGGGCAUGGUGUGCACUUAGUGUUACAGUUGCUUUGUCUUAAGUUAGAGCUUGAGGUUUUCAGUAUAUUGCGAAGGGGAACUGCUGACUUCAGAGCGAGGAUGCCGCACCUGGAAACGCAUCACUUGAGAUAGGUCGAUACCCACGACUUCAAAGCCUGACACCUAACCAGAACACGUGGUGGGUGAGAACAGGGAAAGAGUUGCUUAUUUGAAAAAAAACGGCUUGUGUCUUGAGUAUGAAGUUUAGUUUCCAUUCAUCUAAAUUUCUACUAAUGCAGCUGUAUGGGUUGGGUAUUCUUUAACAGUUAAUUGCCUGGUUUAAGUAAGUGUAAAAAAACAAGACUUCCUUUUGGUCUCUCAUGGGUUGUGGUGGAUCUUUCACGACUCAGCCAUUUUCUUUCAUUUAAAAAAAAAAAAAACUUGCUUAGCAAACUGCAACAGUUACUACAGUUGGGCAAAUUGUUAUGUUAACAAUUAUGACAUCUGCAAUGUUUUAUAAAGCGACUAAUUUAAUAAAAAUCACUAUUGAGGACUUCA